UUUCGACCACACCAUUCUCUCCUCGGGUGGAGAUUAAGCAUUCUUUUAGCCAGUAUUGGCAGUGUAUAGACCGGAUAUUCCUGACCGAACGUUGAAAGCAAAGAGUUUCCGCAACUGGGUCACAUUCCCUAUUAUUUCUCGUUCGAGAGUCUUAGAUAUACCUGUAGGUUAUUAGCUAUCUGACUAUGGUAGAUUAUCACGCUUCUAAUAAUCAAGCAUCGUCUGGAGGACCAGCCGUUUACAUGGACCCAAGAGAACAAGAAAAUGAUUGGGACCGGGACCUGCUGCUGGACCCGGCCUGGGAAAAACAGCAAAGAAAGACGUUCACGGCCUGGUGCAACUCCCACCUGAGGAAAGCAGGCACGCAGAUCGAGAACAUCGAGGAGGACUUCAGGGAUGGCCUCAAACUCAUGCUCCUGCUGGAGGUCAUCUCCGGCGAACGGUUACCUAAGCCCGAGAGAGGCAAGAUGAGGGUCCACAAGAUCAACAACGUUAACAAAGCGCUGGACUACAUCGCCAGCAAGGGGGUCAAGCUGGUGUCCAUCGGCGCAGAGGAAAUUGUGGAUGGCAACGCCAAGAUGACCCUGGGUAUGAUCUGGACGAUCAUCCUCCGCUUCGCCAUCCAGGACAUCUCUGUGGAAGAGACCUCUGCCAAGGAGGGCCUGCUCCUGUGGUGCCAGAGGAAGACUGCGCCCUACAAAAACGUCAACGUGCAGAACUUCCACAUCAGCUGGAAGGACGGCCUUGCCUUCAACGCUCUGAUCCACAGACACAGGCCAGAGCUCAUUGACUAUGACAAGCUAAGGAAGGAUGACCCUUUGACCAACCUGAACAAUGCCUUUGAGGUGGCUGAGAAGUACCUAGACAUCCCCAAGAUGAUGGACGCAGAAGAUAUCGUGGGCACGCUGAGGCCCGACGAGAAGGCCAUCAUGACCUAUGUCUCCUGCUUCUAUCACGCCUUCUCUGGCGCCCAGAAGGCUGAGACUGCAGCCAAUAGGAUCUGCAAGGUGCUGGCUGUCAACCAGGAGAAUGAGCACCUGAUGGAGGACUAUGAGAAGCUGGCCAGUGACCUGUUGGAGUGGAUCCGCCGGACCAUCCCGUGGCUGGAGAACCGGGCUCCAGAGAAGACCAUGGCCGAGAUGCAGCAGAAGCUGGAGGACUUCCGGGGCUACCGCCGCGUCCACAAGCCCCCCAAGGUGCAGGAGAAGUGUCAGCUGGAGAUCAACUUCAACACCCUGCAGACCAAGCUGAGGCUGAGCAACAGGCCCGCCUUCAUGCCCUCCGAGGGACGCAUGGUGUCGGAUAUCAAUGGGUCAUGGCACAACCUGGAGGGGGCGGAGAAGGGCUACGAGGAGUGGAUGCUCAACGAGAUCCGUCGCUUGGAGAGGCUGGACCACCUGGCUGAGAAGUUCCGUCAGAAAGCCACUAUCCACGAGUCCUGGACCGAUGGUAAGGAGGCCAUGCUGACCCAGAAGGACUAUGAGACAGCCAGCCUGUCGGAGGUCAAGGCUCUGCUGAGGAAACACGAGGCGUUUGAGUCUGACCUGGCCGCCCACCAAGACCGCGUGGAGCAGAUCGCUGCCAUCGCACAGGAACUCAAUGAGCUGGACUACUACGACUCCCCUAGUGUGAAUGCCCGCUGUCAGAAGAUCUGUGAGCAGUGGGAUGCCCUGGGGUCUCUCACCCAGAGCCGCAGGGAGUCUCUGGAGAGGACAGAGAAGCAGCUGGAGUCCAUUGACGAGCUGUACCUGGAGUACGCUAAGAGGGCGGCACCCUUCAACAACUGGAUGGAGGGGGCCAUGGAGGACCUGCAGGACAUGUUCAUCGUUCACAACAUCGAAGAGAUCCAGGGCCUAAUCACAGCCCAUGAGCAGUUUAAGUCUACCCUCCCAGAGGCCAACAAGGAGCGGGAGGCCAUCCAGGCCAUUCAGGCCGAGGUGCAGAAGAUUGCCCAGUACAACGGCAUCAAGCUGAGCGGGGGCAACCCCUACACCACCAUCACACCCAAGAGUAUCGACGACAAGUGGCACAAGGUGGAACAGCUGGUGCCCCAGCGUGACCGGGCCCUGCAGGAGGAGCUGGCCAAGCAGCAGUCUAACGACCACCUGCGCCGCAAGUUUGCCACCCAGGCCAACAUCGUCGGGCCCUGGAUACAGACCAAAAUGGAGGAGAUUGGGCGGAUAUCCAUUGAGAUGAAUGGAACUCUGGAGGACCAGCUGGUGAACCUGAGAGAGUAUGAGCAGAGCAUCAUAGAGUACAAGCCCAACAUCGACCAGCUGGAGGGAGACCAUCAGCUCAUCCAGGAGGCCCUCAUCUUUGACAACAAAUACACCGCCUACACCAUGGAGCACCUGCGGGUGGGCUGGGAGCAGCUCCUCACCACCAUCGCCCGCACCAUCAACGAGAUCGAGAACCAGAUCCUGACCCGCGACGCCAAGGGCAUCAGCCAGGAGCAGCUACAUGAGUACCGCACUUCCUUCAACCACUUUGACAAGGACCACAGUGGGGCCCUGAUGGCUGAGGAGUUCAAGGCGUGCCUGAUCAGCCUGGGCUACGAUGUGGAGAAUAACAAAGCGGGCGAUGCCGAGUUUGCCCGCAUCAUGGGCAUAGUGGACCCCAACAACAGCGGCGCAGUCACCUUCCAGGCCUUCAUAGACUUCAUGUCCCGGGAGACCACAGACACCGACACAGCCGACCAGGUCAUCGCCUCCUUCAAGAUCCUGGCUGCAGACAAGAACUUCAUCACGGCUGAGGAGCUGAGGCGUGAGCUGCCUCCAGACCAGGCAGAGUACUGCAUCGCCCGCAUGGCGCCCUACUCAGGCCCCGACGCGAAGCCCGGAGCCCUCGACUACAUGUCCUUCUCUACCGCCCUCUACGGGGAGAGUGACCUCUAGGAGCACACCACAGGGGGGAGGGAUGGGGACGGGAUGAGGUUUGGGGUGGAAGGGGGGUACAUAGAGGCUUGCCAGGCCCAAUGCAGAGCAGACACUCUCCACCCCUCUAGAUAUAGCCUGCAGUUACUGAGAGCAGUAGGAGGAGAGAAGAGGGGAGUGAGUCUGCAGCCAGUGGAUUGAUUGGCUCUGUAGAAGAGGGAGGGGCUGCAUGUGGAGAGUCCUGGGAAGUGAUUGGUGGACAGCUCUACUGCGCCCUCUAAGUUCUGGUCCUGCAGUGCCCCUGAGUGCAGGUUUUCAUCUCAAACUCGUUGGCUGUUACAAGCGGUUUAUGAGUGCAACUUUGUUCACAGAACUAGAAUAAAAUGCACAUCAUGUUAUGGGGUGAAAACAAGCAACCACAGGUGCGCUUCUGGGUCAGAACAGAAUGAGGACACGGCUCUGUAGUGCAAGUCCCAUCUUCACCCUCUGCCUUGGGGACGGGGUACAAGAUAUUCUGAUUCUUAUACAAUUUUUUUUGUUUAUUUUAUCUUGCUGGGGGGGGGUUGCGUAUUAGAACACAGAGAUAUAUGAAGGGGGGGGGUUGAACAGAGAAUAAUGACAUGUACCCAUACCACAUUUUGCUGGAUAAUUGGAACUUGGAUUGCUAACCUCAAUUCUUUCCUUUUCCUGUUUGUUUGUUUCUUUUCUCCAGCAAAUGUGAGUAAUUGGGUUCAGUGCUGUACAUACUUAUUUUUCCAGUACGCAACACAGUCAGAAUACUCAUCGCAGGCUUGUAGGGCAAAACAAGUGGCAUUUUUAAAAGGAAAAACAACAAACAGCAAAGGAAAAAUAAAUGGCAGUUUCACACAUUGAGUACCGUAGAUAGGUUUGAGUUACUGUGACUCUCCAUUUGGGUAAAGGUUUAUUUUUGUUAUUUUUUCAACGGUCAAAUAUGGAAUCCUGUCGGAUUGAAGAUAUGGUGACAAUUUAGUUGGAGGAAGUAUAUGUGAGGCCUUUAUAGCUUCUAUGUAAACAUCACAUGACACUUGACAUAAACAUGUUGGCAUUUAAGAAACUUUGCUUUCCUGAUAUAUCACUUUGACAUGGAGGCAUAUAAGAUGCUCUUGUUCACCCAAUCUAAUCAUUUAUUAUAGUUUCAACUGAAGAACAUAUGAAAUAAUAUCAGGUCAUGUAAAGCUUACAUGGACAAAGUGAAGGCCCACCACUAUCCUCAGUUGAAUUGUUUCUAUAGGAACACCACUUUAGAGAGUUCCCCGAGGAAGUUGGAAACAAUGGGAGUACUAAAAAUGUGCCUGUUAGUGGCUACAGCCCUGUCUCUCACUCUUUCAUCCCUCCAUCUCCUUGUCUGUCUUCUCUCUGCAGCAGGACAGGCAGGGACCCAGUGUAAAGGAGGGCAAAGGGAGGGGGCCAGAGUCUUAAUAAACAUUCCAUUAUGUCUUAAAUAAAAGGAAAUGACUGACUACCAAUCUAUGCAAUCAUCUAUAUCCAAUAUCACAGAGUUCAGAGAGAUGGCAGGAAUUGAUUUGAAGAAAUUGACUAAAUUAAGUGCAAGACGUUUGUUUUAUUUCUUUAAUAUUUGUAAAGGAGAGGGGUUGAGGAGCUUAGGGGGAUGCGAGCCAGAGGGACUGGAGAAAAAUAAGAAUUGGGCCAAAAGCUUGUACUUUUACAUGCCUGGUUGGAAAGCAUUGAACUUCGGGAAUUGUGAUUUCUUCAUUUCUGUGCUCUUUAAUAUCAAACCUUAUCUGCUGUACUGGAAACUGCAAAACGGCCUUCUGUCUAAAAGUGAAUUUCACUAGCACACAUAAAGUUUCCUUAUAAAAUACUA